CGAGCCAAUAAAAGUAUGUGUGGAGACGGCUGUGCGCUUCUACGUCAUGGAGAACUUGUGUGUGGGCCACAGCACAGAUCUUGGCAAGAUCACAGCAGUCUGCCAGCUGACAUGUGAACUAGCACGUCAGGAGCUGUGUCUGCCAACGCUUCCUAUGUUGGUGAUUUCGGAUGCAUUUGAUUCUCUCACCGUCCAGCAAUGUGAGAAGCUCUUCUCCUUUGUUGAAGCCAAUGUCAGCAUCUGGAAAGAACCUUUAUUUUUUGCACCCAGCAAAAACCAAGUGCUCAGGAUGUGUAACGACGUGUUGCGCCGACUCUCUCGGUCACAGAACACAAUAUUCUGUGGUCGCAUUCUGCUGUUCCUGGCUCGCUUCUUCCCCUUCAGUGAGCGCUCUGGUCUCAACCUCAUCUCGGAGUUCAACCUUGAGAAUGUUACCACCUACUCAGCCAAUGAGAAUGACGAUGCAAUGGACGUUAGUGAAGUAAAAGAAGAUAGUGUCAGCGAAGCUAAAGAGGAGAAAAAAGAUGAAAGCAAACCUGCUUUGGACCCCACUUUGUACUCCAAGUUUUGGGCUCUGCAGGACUUCUUUAGGAACCCCAUCCAGUGCUAUCAAAAGGAGCCAUGGAGGCUCUUCACCUCUUACACGGCUGACGUGCUGGAGGCGUUCAGCAGCUUUAAGUUGGAAAGUGAAGGCCGCGGUGGCGCUGAGGAUGGCAAAGUGAGCUCGGCGCCACGCUUCUAUAAUGACGUCACCCAACUCUCUUCCGAUGCUGAUACUACCAUCAUUGAUUCGCUGCCUGACGUCAAGAAGAUUGAUCAAUACUUUGCCAAAUUUUUGACGAACAAACGUUUGCUGGAGCUGCAGUUUAGUGACAGCAACUUCCGGCGCUACGUGCUUGUGCAGCUGCUCAUCCUCUGCCACUACCUCACUGCUGCCAUCAAAUUCAAACAAGAGAGUCUGGGUGAAGGAGAAACUGCGUGGGUGCGCGCCACCGAGGAGAAAGUCUUCGGUCUUCUGAUGGAAACUCCGCCUGAUGGAGAGGAAUUUGCGGAAAUCAUCAAAAAAAUUCUCAAAAGAGAAGAUUUUUGGAAUGACUGGAAGAACAGCGGAUGUCCGGAAAUCAAGGAACCAGCACCUGCUCCCCCUGCUAACGUGCAUGGUGUCAAAAAUGAGGACGACUCAAAGCAAUUGAAAAAAGGCAAAAAGAGGAAACUGGGAGACCUAAUCCGUGAAGCCGAGGCUCGAAAGAAGUUCAUAAUGGCAAAUCCGGAGAUGACUCGCCUCUGGAAUCUGUGUCCAGAUAACAUCGCUGCAACAAGGCAGAAGAAGAGGGACUUCAUCCCGUCGCUUGAAGAUUAUUUCAUCAAAGCAGUCGAACAAAUCCACUGUGAAGAAGAGCCUGUCACUGAGAGACUAGUCUACGAUAGCGAUUUUGGUUGGCGAGGUCUUCGACUCCUCGCGUGCAGGUCACCCCAUUUCUUCACUCAGUCCACGGCUCCCAUCGCCACUUUACCUGAGUACCUCACGACAAUGAUCAAGAAACUUGCCAAGGACAUACCGGGUAUAAGCAGCAAACUUCAGCAAUUCCAAGAAAAGCUUGAAUCUCAGCAAAAAAAGAAACAAGAAAAAUCGCAAGUGCAGGCCGAGAAUGUCAAACCUAAAGAGGAAGAGAAGAUUCCCGAAGAGUCCGAGAACUGCGAAGAAGAACCUAACGACGAUGAAAACGAUAGGGUGGAAUUACACCCCAUCACCGAUGAAGAGCGAUUGGCCCUCGCCACGAAGCUGGCAGCCCUUGGAGGAGACAAGUGGCGUCUCCUGCUCACCAAGCUUGGCUUCCAAGAUGACGAAGUACAGUACAUCUUUGACAAGAAAAAGAGCAAAGUGCAAGAUACCGUUCUGCACUUCCUGCAGCUGUGGGUGGAGAACGAGGCGGAGGAAGCCAACAAAGAGACCAUCGUUUACACGCUGGGAGGACUCAAGAUGCAGGACGUCGCCGAGAGCGUCUUCCACUGAUGCUAGUGUUUGGUCUUUGUCAGCUAUGUUACGAAUCUUCUCAAGAUGAAAGAUUAGGUAGGGACUUAUUCGCAAGAUAUUUCAUCGUGUUCAUUUCUUUCAUUCAAAUCUUAGUCCUGUUGGGUCCCAGGGCGUAAGUAAAUAAAUUUAAUACCAUGUCCUGAUGUGGAGUGUAGAUUUUUACUUCUGCCUAAAAGAAUUAUUAACUCCAUAACGCUGGCGUUUUUCGUUUUUACAGCUAAAGAAGUGCAUUCUCGCUAGAAAGAUCUUUUCAACGACUACGUUGAACUUGUUACGGUAACAAAUUACGUUUUACUCAUUACGGUAUCGGCAUUGGAAUAUGCACUUGUGACCUUGUUUGCCAAGACAUGACUUUUAUUUCAUUCGUAGUUUGGCUGUCUGCAUUCGGUAUUGAGUACAUCGACUCGGGCUUGGAGUCAAGGUCAAGUUUACCCGAGUUGAAAGUCUUUCGAUGAAUCAUACAAACCAGUUGUCAUAUUAUUUUCCUAUCAGAGAACAUCAAUAAAGGUAAUGCAUUCUGACGAGGUUUGGGGGAAUGAUUUGAACAUUUAUUUUGCUAUUAGUUGACUGCACUUCAGUUUUUUUCCUUUAACAAAAUUAGUGCAGCUAUUGUAUAGGUUUUCAGAGCACUCAAUCUGAUCGAUGAGAAAAUGAAGAGAUAUGAAAUUUGAGCGUUCUUAAUAAUUGAUUGGAAGUCGUAUUGUAUUAAAACUUCUUUUAAUAUUGGUAUGAAAUAUAUUAGCCAAUAAAUUAAGUUUUAUUCAUUAGGAGAAAACUUUUUUCUUUCUUGCAAAAGUAUAAAAGAAAGUUCAUGGUUUCACAUUGAUGGAAAGCGCGUCUCGUGUAGAUUUAUUUUUUUGGUAACAUUAAAUUCAUCAAGGUAGCUACGACCGUUUCUCAACUAAUUAGAGCUCAUUUAGUUCCUACUUUGAAGACAUUGAAGGCGACAUAUUAAAGAAACUCUACUCAGGAGAAAAAUAAUGUUGUGGAAUACUAUUUUUUAAUUAUCACUAUACAAUGAUGGCUAUUUUCACUGUUACGAGUUCCGAGCAACUUCUAAAGUAAAAGCAUGAAAGCAAGGA